AUGAGGCUGUACGAGACUUGGAGGAGAAUUUGGCUCGACACGGACAAACCGACACGAGGGGCCAAGAAGUAUUAUGGCUUUAAUGCAGAAGCAGGCCCGGACAACCUAAAAGCCAAGUCCUUUCCACCGGCAAAGUGGCCUGUUGGUAUUCAGAAGUCAGCCGAGAAAUGGAGGGAUGAAAGAGCCUUUGUCGGGAUCAUAAAUCAAGCCCUAUCUGAUGUUGACAAGUUUGCCAGUCGCGAGCCAGGAUGCAAGAGAGAAGAGCAACAGUAA